AUGCUGACGCAAGAGCUCGCGCCGCGCUAGCUAGUUGACGGGGGUUUGUUGCCACAGCAGUUAUGUGGGGCGGAGCUGAGUCGCCGGAGCCGCUCGAGCCGCUAACGGGCGGGUGAGGCCAGCGAGACCGAUGCAAAGUGCGGAGGGUCCGGGCGAUGGACAAGUGGCGGCCGGGCGGAGAGUCAGCACCGCGGGCACCCAGACCGACAGCGUGUCAGGUGAGCGCCCCUCCCCCACCCCCGAGACCGACAGCGUGUCGGGUCAAACACCAAGGCUUUCCAAAGUCAAUCUUUUCACUUUGUUCAGUCUCCUGAUGGAACUAUUUCCCCCAGUUGAACAGCAAAAGAAAUCGCAGGUAAAGAAGACUGGCCUGGUCGUAGUGAAAAAUAUAAAAAUGGUUGGUCUACAUUGCUCCAGUGCAGACUUACAUGCUGGUCAAAUUGCUCUGAUUAAACAUGGAUCAAGGCUUAAAAACUGUGAUCUUUAUUUUUCCAGAAAACCAUGUUCAACUUGUUUAAAAAUGAUUGUAAAUGCUGGAGUGAACAGAAUUUCUUAUUGGCCUGCAGAUCCUGAAAUAAGUUUGCAGAAUGAAGCUUCCAACCCUACCAGUACUGAAGAUGCAAAGCUAGAUGCCAAAGCAGUAGAAAGAUUGAAAUCAAAUAGUCGAGCUCGUGUGUGUCUCUUGCUUCAGCCUUUAGUGUGUGAUAUGGUGCAGUUUGUAGAGGAAACCACCUACAAGUGUGAUUUCAUUCAAAAAAUUGCAAAAACUCUGUCUGGGUGUAACACUGACUUUUAUACUGAGUGUAGACAAGAAAGAAUAAAGGAGUAUGAAAGUUUAUUCCUAAUUUCAAAUGAAGAAAUGCACAAGCAAAUAUUGAUGACUAUGGGUCUGGAGAACCUCUGCGAAAAUCCGUAUUUUAGCAAUCUUAGGCAAAAUAUGAAAGAUCUCAUCCUGCUUUUGGCCACAGUAGCUGCCAGUGUCCCUACCUUCGGCCAUUUUGGAUUUUAUUGUAAUGGAUCACAACAAACAAAUGACAUGCACCAUCAAAGCUUGCCCCAAGAAAUUGCAAGGCACUGUAUGAUACAAGCCAGGUUACUGGCGUACCGAACUGAGGAUCACAAAACAGGUGUUGGAGCUGUUAUUUGGGCAGAAGGAAAAUCUAGCUGUGAUGGAACAGGAGCCAUGUAUUUUGUGGGCUGUGGUUAUAAUGCCUUUCCUGUUGGAUCUGAAUAUGCUGAUUUUCCACACAUGGAUGAUAAACAAAAAGACAGAGAAAUCAGAAAGUUCAGAUACAUCAUACAUGCUGAACAGAACGCCUUGACGUUCAGGUGUCAAGAAAUAAAACCAGAAGAGAGAAGCAUGAUUUUUGUGACAAAAUGUCCCUGUGAUGAAUGUGUGCCUUUAAUCAAAGGUGCUGGCAUCAAGCAAAUCUAUGUAGGAGAUGUAGAUGUUGGAAAGAAGAAAGCAGACAUAUCAUACAUGAAGUUUCGUGAACUUGAAGGCGUUAGCAAAUUUACGUGGCAACUAAGCCCAUCCCACAUUGAUGUUCAUGAGCCCACAGCCAGAGAAAAUGGCAUACAGAAAACACAAUCACUAGAUGAACAGCAGCACCAGAGCAAGAAGCUCUGCCUUGGAAACCAUUGAGCAACUAAGUACGAAACAAGCAAGGUCUCUGCAGAUUCUCCAUAGCACUUUUAUGAUCCAGCCUGUUUGUGCUAGCAAAUAAGGUUGGGUUCUAUUUAUUGAUUGCUUGAAAAGAGAUUUUUUAGAAUAAGUUUAUUUAUGAUGUCUUAAAUGUUUUAUAGCAUUUUUAAUUUAGAUGUUUAUGAAAAGAAUUUCUGGAAAAAUGCUGCUUAUAUCAUAUACAAAAUGAAUUUGGUGGCCACCACUAAGAUUGCUUUGCUGGCUGGUCAUUGUUAAUAAAAAUUCAGAUCAGAGGACUGGAAACUAGCUCAUUGCUCAUAGGACAGAAGAAUUUUGGGGGAAAAUAGCAAAUGGCAUCUGCGUGGCUUGCAGGAAUGGAUUGCCAUGCUUCAGGCAGUCAGAACACAGCUUUGCAGAAAUGAUAAGGCCUGAUUGUUCACGUGUUCUGCUUGUGGAAAUACCACAGCAUACAUGGUUUGUAGACAGUAACUGUAAUUGUGUUGCACUAAAGUAGGUUUAAUUUUGAUUUUCAAUCCUCUGGUAUGAGGGCUAUAAAGUCACUGAAUGUCCUCACUAGAUAAAUGACUCCCAGAUAAACCUUAGUGUUUUUCAUAAAUUUCUCUCUACAAUAGUAGUAGGAGUUGCUAUUCUGUGACAGCAUUCUCUUGCAUUGAAUUUAUUUGUUAUGGAUGCUUUUAAAAAUGGACUUCAGUUGAAUACUCCUGUAUGGGGAUCAGUUAGUCACUCUUUUAAAAACUGGAGCUAGCUGACUUCAAAUGUGACACACUCUUUACCUUGUGUACAACACACAGGGAUGCUUGGCUUUUAGAUCACAUAGGAAGAAUUUUUUAAGACAUCAUUAACAAUAUCUUAGAACAGUCAUUGUCCUAUAGGAAACUCACUGGCUAAAUUACCAGAUUUCCUUAUGUCCCUUGUUAGACAGGAAGACAUGGACCAGUGAGACAGAAUGGUUUCUCAUAGAGACCAAUACUAUACUGAUAAUUAAAACAGGAGAAUGGAAAGUGUAUUAGAAACCAGACUGAACUUACAAACCCAUCUCAUUAAUGGCUCUGAGGUGGCACUGUGUACAGUUACCAAGUGACAGGUGUUUGUACUCUGUCAAAAUACAAGGGCAUCCUCAAUUUUUUUGGUCAGAGGUUAAUUCCACCACCCAUCCAAGCUACAUUUGCUGGUUUUGAACAUGACUUGACUGACAGUUGAUCCAGAUGUCCCAGGAAUCCUUCUCCCUUCACUCCCCCAUGCCAAGCUCCCAAGUGUAAACUCCUAAAACCUCUCCCUCCUCUAUUGCUAGCAAGGUAUACAUUUUGGCAGAAGCCACUUGUAACAGCAAUUCACUAACUAGUAGCUCCUCUUCCUCCUCGUUCUCCUGCAAACCCAGCAGGAGGGCAGGUUCCCAGGCUGGGAAUCCAAAUUUGAGUCUGUCUCCCCCAUGAUGAUGCUGAUCAUGACUAGACCCUGGGGGCAGCCAAGGCUUUUAGAAAAAAUGUAAUACUGGAAACAUAGGUGCUUGUUAACAGAGAAUUUUCUCGCCCAGCAGUAGCACUACAAUCUCCACUAUAACUACACACAUUACACCUGAUAAAAACCAUGGUAUGCUUUUAAAUAGCAGUGAAACUGCAAAGCAGAGCAAGGCAUGCCAGUAAUUUCAAUACUGUCUGUAUCUGCUCUUUUCUGUUACUCGUUUCCAGCUGCCCUGGUGAACUGUAGAAUAUACAGGACCUUCAGCUUUCAUUUUUCCUACAAUGGCAGCCAUAUAUGGAGUCUCAAAUUCUUGGUCUUUCUAAAAAGUUAGCAUGCUGGUAGACAGGGCUCACCAGACAGUAGGUUGUUUAGCAGACAUCUGUCAUGUAACAUAUCUUUUACUGAGAGGCUUUUGUGUCAUUGUUACAUGGUUUGGCAGAGGGUCUCAAGUCUUAAUCUUCAUGGUCUCUGGUUAAAGUCUCUAGGUUCUGGUUCUAGAUGCGCAGAGUUGCUGCCUGUGUAUUCCUGAGAUGCAACAUGUUGCUGUGAUUCUUAUGGGCUUGUGGUGCCUGCUUACUCCUAAAUGCUUGGGACCUAUGGUCUGGGUAGCUGGUACAGAGCCUUUACAGGAGCUUUUAUUCCCUUGAGUCACAAUGUAGCCCUCAGUGGAAUAGCAGGAGCUGCUGUUUCCCUUCAGCCUGUUUAAAUUUCUUUAAAAAAAUAUUCUGGAAACUGUCUGAUGCCAGAUGAUGUAAGUGUGUUUUGGGUGGAGAACAUUCUGCCACUAACAUCUGUGUGUUGAGUAAUGUCCAUGUGAUGCUGCAAGUGUUAGUGCAUUUCAGGAUUAAGAUGUUUACAGCUUCAUUUCAUCGGGCCAGACUCUUGGCAAGUGAUCCUAUUGAAGCCAACUUCAUUGUAAAUAAUGGUGGCAGAAUCUAGGGCUUAAUGAGAACUUUGUUGUACUAGCUCCUUAGCAUGGUUUCAGUGACGCAGAAGGAAGUCCAUGACCUGAAAUAACUUGCCUGUCAUUGUGCCACUAACUAUGUGCACUUUCAUGCACUAGGUAAAACAGAGGCCUUGCUCUUGUACCUGGAUCGCACAGAUGGAUCUCUGUGCCUGCGUCUAGCCCCUUUGGCUUCAGGGGCCUGCACAGAUCCAGUUGCAGCAUUAGAGCUAAAUGAAGACAGCAGAAUGUGACCCAAACUGUUAAGCCAUCUUUAAAGCAUACAAUGCUGUACUAAAAUAUUCUGAGAGCAGUAGCAGGCCAGUAUUCCAGUGAAAAUAGAUUCUCUUUUAAACCAUGGGUAGUCAAUUUUAAAUUAGUCUUGGGACAUUCUUUCCCCUUUUGACAUUUAUUAAAUUAAUCUUAAGUAUCCUUAUGUAUUAAAGGGACACUGUCAAGGUUAAUACAGUAAACAAAGAAAUUUGAACCACCCUUUUCCCUAAUCUAUUUGCAAACUUCAUGUAAUUCUUUACAUGCAUUUUUUUCUGUAGCUAACGGUCUGAUGUUCCUUCAGGUUUUCUACAGACUGCACAAGUAGCUGAGGAUUUAUUAGUAACCCUACAAUAAUAAACUAGUAUGUUUAUCGGAUGACUUAUAUAUUUUUGUAAGUAAACAGAUUUUGUGUCUACCAUUGAAGCGGCUGUUAUAAACUGUAAGGAACAAGGGUCUGAUAGUUAUCACAAUAGAGGCAAAGAGAAAAUGCAUGAGAAGAUACGUUCUUUGACAGUUCUUUUAAAAUAAAACUUCAAAGUCUGAAUCAUGGUGGAGGUUUGUACUUCAGUUCUUUUAAAUUUGAAACCUUUAUUUUUGUAAAAAUUGCUUUUAAAAAGGGGAAUUAUUUUGGAUUAUUUGUACAGAUUUUGUUGUGCAGAGGUUGAUGGUGACAUUUUAUAAUUGCUUUUAACACAGAGUGUGUGGGGUCUGCAUUUCUACAGAGUUCUAUCAUAUUAUUGCUACAGCUCAGACUCACCUUCUGAAACUCUCAAAGUUUUGAAGAGUCUGGUCUUGCACAUGUAACUCCAUUAAAGUUCUGUGCAUAGGACUGGACCCUUACCUUAGCUUGUAGCUACAUUGUGUCCCCAGGUCACUGUGCCUCUCAAAUCAUGGCCAAUUUAGAUGCUGCUGUGUGCUUUAUCCAUUGAAAGAUGCAAGGAACACGUCCAUGUUUUCUACAGCAUUUAUUUGAGCAUGUGUGUGAAGAAUUUUCUGUCAUCCUAUGUAAAGAUACCACUUUAGCACACCUGCUCUUUAAAUUUAAAAAAAUGUUAUUUUACAUUUUAUAUUAAAGUGUCAAAUUUCUACAUAUGGGGGUUUUGUUUGGUCUGUUCAGCUCAUGUGAGAACAAGUAUAUCGGAAAUGGUAAAUAUCAGUAACUUGUCUCUGAUGUGAUAAGAAUUACAGAAAUGAUCAUUCUUGGUGUCUGUCUUAUAGCAAUACAUGUUUUUUGGUAAUAAAUUACUCUAAAGAUAAGUA